AUGCCAUCAAGAAUUCGUCCACUUUCUAGCAUCUUAUUUGACCGUGUAGAUAAAUGCAAAGCUGAACUAUCAGCCAAAACAUUAAAUAAGUUUAGUUAUAUAACAAAUUGUUUACUGCAAACAAAUGCAUUUUUACCAAUCGCAUUUGUGUUCAUCAUAAAUCAAAUGAAAGCAGGACAAACAUCUCAUUGUCAGGUAUUCCUUAAGACAGCUUCACAAUCAAAACCCAUCGAUUUAGACAAACUGACACCAAAAUCACUCAACGUUGGAGUAAGGAAUAUUUUGGAUUUAGAAAGCACCGAAGACGGUGAGACUUUUUGUCAUUGUAUCGCAAAGCCCAAAAUGUGUUCAAAUUUUAUGCUCUUUAAAUUAAAAUUUGACGUGACAUGUUGUGUUUUUAGAAAGCGCCUUUGCGAAUUUUAUGAAAUCUUUGUUGGACAGAUUCCGGGUGACUGUUAUGUUGAAGUACCUAUUAUUACCUCCUUCAAACUUAACUUAGGAGGCAUUGGUUUACGCAGGACCAAAAAAUGUCCAAAAUUAUUUAUUGUACGAUAA